UCAGUCUCCUCUGCUUCUUCUUCGUAUCGCUUUCUUUUCGACUUUGGAGUCGCCAUGAGCUCUUACUCUAAUUGUUGCGCACUUACUCUAAUUUUUGCGCAUCACACCGAGAGAUCAAAGUGUAAAGCUCAGAAGCUAAGAGUGCAGGCGAUCUGAAGAUGGGACUGUUUGAGGGAGUCAGUUUCUACAUUGCGGAGAAGACGGUGAAGGACGCGGGAGAGCUGAAGAAUGCUCUGGUGAAAGGAGGAGGUCAGAGGGAAUUCUACCCGAGCGAGUUGGUGAGUCACGUGAUUAGUGACUCCCUCCCUCCCCCCUCGCUGGGUCUCGCUCGCUGCUCCACCUGUCCUAUUCUCCACGUGAGUUGAUCAUGUCUCUAGUAUGUAUGACUGGUGUACGACGUCAUAUGAGCCGGAGGUCUGGCGAAAUACCACGGCUGACCAGCUUUUGGCAAACCUUCUUCUGAGUCCAUUGUUGUAGGUAACCUUUUGACAUUCUCUUAUCUCUAUAGUCGGAUUGGGUCUUCAUGUCCUGUCGAUGCGGUGUUCUUCUCCCGUAUCCUCUCCUUAGCUCCUUGUUUGAUUGUUCUAAUGAGGGUGUCCCCUGUAUAUGUGUGAGUGUGUUGUGUGUUUCUUGACCCACAAGUCACCAGAACUGCUCCAUUCUCUCUAAGAGAAGAUAAACUUUUCUCUGGUCUCGUCUUCUGCCCAUCAAAGCUCCCACUGGCCGACACGGAGAAGCUGGCGUGUCUGGUCUUCUACUAUGGAGGCAGAUUACAGCUGAGGCUUGACGCAGCUGUCACUCAUCUCGUUACCAUGGAUACCAAUGGUGCAAAGUAUGAGGCUGCAGUGAGACAUGGAGUGAAAGUGGUGGCUCCUGAUUGGUUGAUUGACAGUAUCGAAACAGGGGUCUUGGUCGAGGAGGAAGAGUACCACCCGAGAUUGAGGGGGCGUGGUGACCACACCCACCAAUCACCCCAGAAGGCCUCACAGUGCAACGGUGAUGUGCAGGAAUCGACCGAUGAGAGUCCGGGGCACACCACAGGGGGCCAAACUAGGACCACUGCUGACCAAACGGUGCCAGAGACUGCCACAGCUGGAAUGGUGGAUAGAGAAAUGAGGGGAGAAGAUGGAGAGAGGAAGGAGAGGAUGGAUGGGGAAGAGGAGAUGGAGGUCGAAGGUGGGGUAUUGGAAUCUGCUCCUGUCAUUACUAGAGAAGAUGAGAACAUGGCGAGAAGUGUGGGCGGGGGAGGUGAGGAAGGAGAGAGGUUGCUGGCUGGACUUGUCUUCCAUCUCACUGGGUAUCUGGAGUGUAUGGACGUUGACACCCUCUCUAAAUGGAAAGAGGUGAUAGUUCAACAUGGUGGCUCAGUGGUCGACAUGUAUGACUCCGCCCACUGCACACACCUCCUUGCCCUCCACAAGAAGAGCGACACCUUCGCCAAGGCCUACGCGGAUGGGAAGUGCAUAUCGAGUGCUCACUGGUUGAACGAUGUUCUCACUGACGGCAGAAUGUUUCCUCCGCGAUGCGCUCUGCAUUUUCCAACCGCCUUCAAAUGGCAAGUCCCUGGAGCUGACAAAUAUUCUGUCACACUGACUAACUACAGUGGAAGAGAGAGGGAGCUGGUGAAAGACAUGAUACAUCUGACUGGCAUACCUUACACCGGCCAUCUCUCUAGGGACACCACCUAUCUCAUCUGUAAAAGUCCCAGUGGAAAUAAGUAUGAGAAGGCGGUGGAGUGGGGAGUAACCGUUGUUAAUGCCAGUUUCCUAGCUGACAUCAUCCACAAUGGACAGGUACCAGCUGUACUGUUCCCAAGGCACACUGAGGUGGGUCAGCCUCAUGAGUUCCUUCCUUCUCACUGCUUCGAGGCCAGCCGACUCCUCAGGCCAUGGGAGGAGUUUCUACGGCUGUACUCGGAGGCUCACAGAGCCUGUCUGGACCACACUACCACUGAUCUGGUGUUCCGGUCUCUGAGGAAGAGGGUGGGGGCGGAGCUAGGGGGUGUGGUCAAGAAGCAGAGGGUGGAGGAAGGGGCGGGGCCACCGGUGGUCCUGCUGACUGGAAUCAGUCAGUCCAUUUCUAGGAGACUGAGAGAGACUGUGCAGCAGUUGGGAGGAGUUGUCAGUGACAGACCACGGGACUGCACCCAUCUUGUCGCCCCUCGAGUGGCGAGGACGGUGAAGUUCCUGAGUGGAGUGUCAGUCUGUCGCUGGGUCCUAACUCCAGAUUGGAUAGAACAGUGCGAGAGGGAGGGACGGCUCGUUAGCGAGGAGGGGUUUACCCUCAGAGACCCAGACGCUGAGGCCAUGUUCAUGAUGGACAUACCAAGCAGUCUGCAGAGAGCUAGAACUUCCGAGUUUCUUCAGGGCUACUGGCUGCACGCCACAGCUAGUGUCCAACCAUCCCCUGAGAGUCUGAGAGACAUCAUCGAAUGUGCUGGAGGAAGACUGGUGAGUUCCAGCGAGGCCCAAGGACGGUUUGGAAGAAAGUUUGAGAGAAUGGCUGGCAGUGAGGUGCAGUUCUUGGUUCUGUCAACUCCCGAAGACUUAUGCUCUGGACUUUGCACCCUGUUCACCUCCCACGGUGUCCGUGAGUAAUUCUAAAAUGAAAAGCACUAAACCCUCGGCACACUAUAUAGACAUGUGGAACCCAUACACAAGUGUGGCACCACCACAAUUGAUGGUCUUGACCAUGCAUCAAAAAGAACAGCAUGUUAUGCACAAUUUCCAUGGCCUCAAUAGGUUGAAAAAAUAGCCAGCCCCAUUUCUGUUUGUGGGCAAAAAAAUAUAUAAGGUUGAAAAAUUGCCAACCUUUCAUCUCUCUAUUAAUUUUCGUAUUACCCAUGGAUUGUUUAGUGCAAAAAAAAAAUAUAUUGUAAAAACCCAAGGGUGAAAAAAAAAUCGGCCAGCCCUUCAUCUCUCCAGACAGACGUCUACGGACGCAGUGCUAUGCCGAACUGUACGCUGCCCUUCGAGAAACAUGGCUGUCUACAAUGCGGAGCUGGUGUUGACGGGAGCACUGCGACAACAAGUGGAUCUCUCUCAAAAUCUCCUGUUCCCAGCAGCUACCAGUGGAAUGAAUUCAGGACCUGCAAACACGUCCUCAUGCAGUACCACCUCUGGACCUUCCACCAAUGAAGAAUGAGACAGAAGCAAAACUAACGCUUUUUUAUACUCGCAAUACUUGCUAUCGACAUGUUUUAUGAAAAAUCACGCUACUAUAUAUAAUUUUGAUGAACAAUUUGAUGAAGUGAUGAUCAGUGGGUUAUAAAUAGAAGUGAUCAAUGGUGAUGUAAUGGUAAAUGCAUAUUCAUGACCUCGUCCUCUAGUGAUAGGAGGUAGUCAGUUCUGUUGCUAGGCAACUCUGUCUCCAAUAGCAGCAGCCCCUCCCUUACAUGUGGGAGGGGUGGGGCCUGGGAAAAGUGGGUGUGGUCAGAGGCAGUAGCAGAGAGGGUGUUGCUGGAGAAUGGGUGUGGUCCUCGGAGAGAGAGGGAGGUGGCAGAUAUGAGGGAAGCCGGAGUCACCAGACCUUGCAGGCCAUAAUGCUGGAGUCCAUCCCAGAUCCUUACUGCCAUCAUAUUUCCCUCGCCAUCCGCCAUGUACACUGUGUCCAACUUCCUACUGGAGCUGCCGGUGGGUGUUGCCUCCAGCUGUUCGCUGAUGACACUCACCACAAUUCCGACGGUGUCAAACUCCCCACACCACACCCCCUCCCCCCUCACCAACCUCCCAAUACUCA